CAAAAGACAAUGAAAUGAUAUGGAUGAUGAAUGUAAGAUAAAAGAGAAUUUGGAAGAGAAGGUACGGAUCGAAUGGGAGGCAGAAGAAGAAUGAGAAGAGCUCGAGAACAAAAAGUUUUAGAAAAGCAUGUUCAAGGCCGGGAGUCACAGGUACACGUUAUUCGUUACACGGACGAGUGGCAUGUAGUUGAUUGGCAAUACAACAUGGCGAUAGGUGGCUGUCGUUGUCUGGCCGCGGUAGUCGAGUUGAUACUGCUUUUCGCAACUCUCUGCUUGUCCGUUGUCGCACUGGUCAUCAUCUUUCUUCUAAAGAAUGACUUCCAAGGCGAAUGCCCUCUAUUCCCGACCGUUGAAGACAUAGGCUACUUCAACUUCGUAGUCAAUGAUACCAUCGCCUGCAAUUAUAUCAUCAGUGCCAAUGCCGUAUCUGCCGGGCUUUCCCUGAUAACCAUGAUCUACGUUUCCGUCGAGCUUUUGAUGAAGAAACGACUGACUCGGUUCAUUCCAAUCUUGAAGACGAUAAUCUUCGGUGUUCUGAUGGUCGUAGUUGGCGUAUCAGCAGGUAUCUUGUCUUUUGGAUUUCAGAAACUGUGCAAGGGAUUGGUAUUGCUGGUCGAUAAUCAUCAUCAUGACUACGAUACGUGCAAAGAGUGGCAGCGGGAUAAAUACUGGAAAAUUUACGACUACGAUGCAUCGCAUUUCUAUGUGUAUCUCUUAACGGCUCAGUUUGCGACGAGUAUUAGUGCCGUUAUGUGGGUCAUCAUGUUAAUCAUCUCCUUCAUCGUAUUAGUCUGCUAUACCAGUCGUUCCGGAGAUAUUGUUGAUGAUGAUCAAGCGCCCAUCAUCAUGUAAACGACAUGACACCAUUUGCAAAAAUCUAUACACUUUUUGCCCCCAAAUUGUAAUAGUUUGUAUUACCCCUUUUCAUGUGAGAAUUAUGUUUUUUUCUUAAUAGUCAGAGUCUAUAUAAAGAGUCGGAGAGAUCGAUCAAUUAAGUUCUAAGAAGAUAUAAACGUUAUCUCUCAAGGAUGAACCAUAUUGUCACAAUCAUAUUCUGGAAAGAGACAAUAAAAUAUAUUCCAAAUUUAUAGGUAACGCUUUAUAGUUAUUUUCUCGAUAUAGGUUCAUAUAGCAAAUCGCUCAGCUCCAAAGGUGAUUUGGCAUGUGUGAUUAGCCUUUUUUAAAUGUUAUAUGUACGUACAUUGUAUUGCCAAGAAAAAAACAUAUUUGUUAUGCGAAUUGGCAAAUUCAUAUAUAAGAGUGUUCUUUUCUUGCCUUAACUUUUAAAGGAAUCAUAAUUUCAAAGGAGGUUUUUAAAGCGAGGUGAGGUGGUUUAGGAUAGGGCGGAUAUGACGUUUGCCCCCCCCCCCCCCAUCUCAAGUUUUGAUGCCUAGAAAUAUAAUAAAACGGGGAGGGGGAGGGGUGAGGGGUGAGGGUAUCCGCCUAGUAUACAAAGAUGUUCCGCUCUAUUUUGGGCAGCUUUUUUUACAACAAAAUCCCUAAACAUGAGAUAUGAUCUUGUUUUACUAGAAAAUCCAUAAAAAUUAAUUGCCCCUCUUUUAAAUAUUGACCUUAAACAACGGUUCCUACUUCAUCCAUAAUAUCGCUAAAGUGCAAAUCCCAGGUAAAAUCUAGUUAAUCUCAUUUCGCUUUUUUAUCCAAACUCGGAAUUGGUUUGGACGCUUCAACUGCACAGUGCACACCUUCGUCAAAACCAAACUAGAUCCGAGUAUAAAAGUACAACCCCCCCCCCCCCUGUAAAGUCGCUGAGAUAUAUCCAUGAGAGUGAGGGGGAGAGAGAGGGGGAGAGAGAGAGAGAGAGAGAGAAUGUGAGAGAGAGAAAGAAAGAGGGGAAGGUGGAAAAAUAUUAUUAUUCUGAUUGCAAUAAAUUAAAGAUAUGUUUUCGCAGUCUGUUUGUAUAUAUAAAACUGAAAUGCUUUCUUCUGUUUAAACUUUCGUGAGGCUGUGAAACAGAGCGUUGAUAAGCAACCUUCAUUCAUUCGUCUGCUAAAGAAUUGUGUACAUUUCGAGUCACCACUGUAAAUACUUGUAACUAUAUUUGUGCAUUUAGAUGAUGAAUUCAAGUAUAACUACUUUUUAGUUUUGAGGGACAAGUUAUUGAAAACAAUGAAUCUUUAAAGGGUUUACUAUUUAGGUCUAUGCUUUUUUAAUAACAUAUAGGCAUAUAAUUAUAUUCGUAUGAGAUUUGUAUAUUUUAUUCGAAUGUAAUCUUUCAUAUCGGAAUAAAAAGAAAUAAAACAUGAA